CCAAUGUACACACAGCAGUCAGAGAAAGUGGCUAUGCCGAAUAUCCGCACAACACAUACUGUGUGGUGGAAGUGCGUGAGAGAAGGGCGCCACCUAUCCAGUGCGCUUUGAGGCGUGACGUCACGUGACUGAGGGCUGGGGAACUGAGCUGAGAUUAGCACUGAUACCAGAGGUAUCAUCAUGGGAAAUAUGUUUUUGAAAUGAUUCUGAACUGAGAACAUUUGAGCAGGACACAAAAAGUUGGGGAAAUGUCCAUCAAAUGUAGAUCUUGUUUUUUUUUUGUUUUGUUUUUUUUUAGUAAAAAUGGAAAAACGAGUCAUUUGUGAUCCAGACUGUGAACCAGAAAGAUUGGCUCAUAUUGCAGAUCCAUCCAUCCAUCCAUCUUCUAUACUGCUUAUACUUCAGGGUCGAAGGGAACCUGGAGCCUAUCCCAGGGAGGAUCGGGCACAAGGCGGGGUACACCCUGGACGGGGUGCCAGUCUAUCACAGGGCACAAUCACAUACACAUUUACACACCCAUUCAUACACUACGGAUCCUCUGGACAUGCCAAUCAGCCUACCAUGCAUGUCUUUGGACCUGGGGAGGAAACCGGAGCACCUGGAGAAAACCUCAGCAGCACAGGGAGAACCUACAAGCUUCGCACCCACAGGACAGCGGCGGGAAUCGAACCCCCAACCCAAAGAUUAGCUUCACAUAUCUAUUUAUGUACAGGGUCAGUAGAUUCGGUUUGCAUUUUUUCUGUUUAUAUUUACUCUCAUUCUUGUUUCUCACUCACUCACUUUCAGUAAGCACAUUAUGCAUGUUUUGGGGCAGUGGGAGGAAACCAGAGAACCUAGAGGAAACCUUCAUGGACAUGGGCAAGCUGUCCCUGCUGUGAGCUAAUAUCGCGCCGAAGCAAUGGAAGUAGCAGGAGAACCCCGAGUCAGGAAAUUUCUUUAUUACUGGAACUUCUUGACACCGGAGGAGUACUACGCCUGGCAGCGCAAGCAGCAGGAGGAGCACCAAGCUGUGGUCAGGAGACAGCAGGUGGAGUAUGAAGCUGCGCAAUGGAGGCAGCAGAUGAAGUGGUUGGAGGAAGAAGUAAAUCAGCUGCUCUGUAACUUACCGCUUCAACCCCGUCCUGUGGAGCAGAACAAUGCUCCACCUUGCUGCCCUGUGGAAGAUCCAUUCAUGCUGCCCAGUCUGGAACUGAAGGCUAGCCCACAACUUUUUUUGGGGGGGGGCAAUGGGGACAGUGGAGCUCCAGCCUGAGGCCUACGGUGAGGUCUCGGCUGUGGAGCUCCCCCCGGAGGUCAACCCGGCGACCUCGGAGCUCCAGCCGGAGGCCUACGGCGAGGUCUCGGCUGUGGAGCUCCCCCCGGAGGUCGACCCGGCGACCUCAGAGCUCCAGCUGGAGGCCUACGGCGAGAUCUCAGCUGUGGAGCUCCUGCCCGCCGAAGAAGCCGUCCCGCUGUCUAGCCCGGCCGAGGAGGCCGUCCCGCUGCCCUGCACAGCUGAGGAAGCUGUCCUGCUGUCCAGCUCAGCGGUCGAGGAGGCCGUCCUGCUGCCAUGUCCGGCCUAGGAGGCUGUCCUGAGCUCCAGUCCAGUUCCGGUCCUUCCAAGUUCCAGCCCCGCUGGGGACUCCGCCAGCCUUCCAGCCUUACUGAAGACUUCACCCAGCGUUCCAGUGCCGUCGGGGGCGGCGCCCAGCGUUCUCAUGCCGCCAGGGGUGGUGCUUCGCCGGUCUGCUGCCCGGCGGAGGCCGCCUCGUUUUCUGUGUCAGCGAGAGAUAGCUUUCCCAGGGGUCCAGGACCCCCGUUGGAGGGGGGGGGUUAUGUUACGCCACGGCCAGCAGAUGGCACUGUGGCGCUGCUUACUAGAGACUGAACUGGGUGAAGUGGACACGUGCCGUUUGUUUUAGUUUGUUCGCUUCAUGUUUGAGUUGUCGUUAAUUUGCCCCAGGUGUCCAUGUUUAGUAUUAAUUAUGUUGGGUAUUUAAACCCCUCUGGUGGAUGCGCACGUCGUGCGAUAUUAUUAUUAGUAACGUAGAUGCCAGUGUGAUCGAUAUCGGUGUUAACGGUGUAGCAUGUAGGUUUAGCAUGCUAGCGGUCUCAUUUCCAUGUCCUGUUUCCUGCCUCGACUUUAGUCUCAUGUUUACUCGUAUCUAAUUCUGUAAAGACUGCGUUACCUGUGUUUGGUUUUGUUUGUUUAUGAAUAAAGACAGCGCUCCUGUGCCUACUUCCUGCCCACUGUCCUGUUUCGUUACAUGGUGGAUCUUUAAUGUUUUGGGGCUGUUUUUCUGCCGGAGAACCUGGUCAUUGUGUUAGGAUACAUGGCAUCAUGGACUCUAUCAAAUAUCAACAGAUAUUAAAUGAAACCCUGACUGCCUCUGCCAGAAAGCUUAAAAUGGGUCAUGGUUGGAUCUUCCAGCAGGACAAUGAUUCAAAACAUACGUCAAAAUGUU